AUGGCCCACAGUCUCCUCAGUUCUCUGCCGGACAUUGAAGACGAGGUAGAAGAGGACCCGGAACAGGUGACAUCGGAAGAUAUUGCUGUUAAGCCUCCGAAACCAGCUAGUCCAGGACCGGAAGUUCAAGGGGAUGACGGAACCGGAACGGACGCCUCAGAAGAACCUCACCAUCCAGGGAAACCUAAACUAUCUUUGUCGGAACUUCUCAGACGCGCAGACCAACUCCGCGAAGAAUUCCCUCCAGAUCAUCCCGAACUUGGUGUGGCGAAAAUUAUGGGUCCACAAAGCGUCAUCUUCACCUGGAAACAGCCGCGUCCACCAGGAACGAACGUUGCAGCUGAUGGUGAAGACACCGAACUAGGCGAUGAUAUAAUCGGAGAUCCUGAUGACGCCGCUGAAGCCAUGCUCCUGCACCCCGAGCUGGUCGUAUAUCCUUAUGACCCGAGAUCAGAGGAGGCUGAGGCAUCCAAAGAGGGAGUGGAUGGGGACGGGGAAGGAGAUGGUGACCAUCUCCUGACUGGCUCUCGUAAAGAGAAACGAAAGAGACGAAAACUUCACAAGCCACGGUACAAGUUCGAUGUGAGAACGAAGACUAUCGUCGCUGGAACCGUGAUCGUUUUGGGGGUCGCGAUGGCCGCUGCGUACGGCAUGCGCGCCCAAAAGUAUGGGAGCGCUGGGAGUCCUUUUGGCACCCACGGCCAGAAGAAGUGGGCUCAGAGUCAGCAGUGGUUCAGUGGAGCGAUUGUGGGUGCUACUAUGAAGUUGGCUCAGGCCUUUGGUGGUGGCGAGAAUGGGCGAGGAGAGUUGUGAUAUGCCCUGAUGCUCCUUUCCUUAUGCGACGGCUUUCCUUUCUGGACUUCGUUUUCUCCACUAUCACCCUGCUAUCCCAACACGUCGAACGCCCGGGCGGACUCCUUGUGACUGAGGCAGAUCCUCUCGGCCAUGUUCUAAACUUGGUGAACUAGAGCUGGACGCGGGCGACGCGGUGGAGGUUGACUUAGGUAGUAUUCUAUAAUCCUACAAGUUAUAUUUGAAUCCUCCAAACCGCCUUGCGCGAGUAUUGGAGAGGUCUGCUAUGUAUAUGUCAUUCUAAAUUUAAGCACAA